UUCUGUUCGGUUGUCAUGAAAAUGCAUCGACUCUUCAAAGGUCGGCGCACGUAUAUCCCGAAGUCUCAUCCGCCGAUACCGGACAACGAGAUCAUAGACUCGCCAUCCCUGCGGCGACUUAUACUGGAAACGGCUGUCAUUCUGGACAUCCGGUCCCUGUUCGCGGACUCGGAGGACGAAUGACAUACAGUCGCUGUUGACAUGAUGUUUACGCUGGCGUAGAGGCACUACCGGUACUAACAAACUAUACAAACAAACAAACAAAAAACAAUAGCCCCGAACACCCGCCCCCGGACUCACUCACUCGGAAAACACAUACACACAC